ACGUCGACAAGAAAAAGAUGAAUGGUUUGAGCUUCAGUGAGCUUUGCUGUUUGUUUUGUUGCCCUCCGUGCCCGGGGCGGAUCGCAUCGAAGUUGGCCUUUCUGCCGCCUGAAGCAAGCUACGACUUGAAACCAGAAGCGGACAGCACGAACAGCAAGUUUACUCUGACGCUACAUGAUAAGGCCGACUGGCAGUAUACUGACCGCGAAAAGGAAUGUUUCGAAGUGUUCUACGCACGGUCCUCGCGAGGCAACCGAAUCGCCUGUCUAUUCGUCAAAUGUAGUGCUAACGCACGAUUCACACUACUUUUUUCUCACGGCAAUGCGGUCGAUCUCGGGCAGAUGACAACGUUUUUCAUCGGACUAGGCCAGCGGAUCAAUUGCAACAUCUUUAGCUACGAUUAUUCCGGAUACGGGCAAAGCUCCGGUAAGCCGACCGAGAAAAAUCUCUAUGCGGACAUUGAUGCAGCAUGGCACGCGCUGCGAACGCGGUACGGCAUCAGCCCGGAAAAUAUCAUACUGUACGGACAAAGCAUAGGAACGGUACCGACGGUGGAUUUAGCUAGCCGGUAUGAGGUCGGUGCUGUCAUUCUCCAUUCGCCCCUGAUGUCGGGCAUGCGGGUUGCCUUUCCUGCCACCAAGCGCACAUGGUUUUUCGACGCAUUUCCCAGUAUUGACAAAGUGCCGAAAGUGACUUCACCCGUAUUGGUAAUACAUGGCACAGAGGAUGAGGUGAUUGAUUUUUCCCACGGCAUGACAAUCUACGAAAAGUGUCCCCGCGCAGUUGAACCACUGUGGGUGGAGGGUGCAGGCCACAACGAUGUGGAAAUGUACAGCCAAUACUUGGAGCGGCUGAAACAGUUCGUGUCGGUUGAGCUGGUUAACUGACAAAAGGUGAACAAACGCUCCAGCGGCAACAGCAGUGGCAAGCGUACCAAAGGUGAUGGCGAUGGUAGGAAAGGAGACAAGGGGAACGAGGAGGACGAUAAUGAAGACGAUGAGGAUGAAGAUUUAAAUACGGAUGAUGAAAUAUUGAACGCAUCAAUUACGCUAAGCUCUAACUCUACGAAUGAAGCGUCGGCAAUAGAAAAGCUACUCUAGCAUCCGGAGCCCGGCGGAGGGAGUGGAUUCGAUUUUGCCUCCUCCGUCCCGGUUCCACCCACCGUCAGUCUAUCGCUGGCCCGUUCCGACGGUGACGGUAGAGAUAUGGCGGAGGAACAGC